AAACCCCUCUUUUGAAAAAACACAAAAGCCUCUUCGUUGAACUCUCCUCUCCUUUUUCUCUCUGUAAAAAAAAAAAAAGAAAAAAGCUCCAUUGAAUUUCCGAAAAUCAGCAGCGAUCAUUACCAAUCGUUAUCGGAAUAAAAUGGCGGCGGCGAGUGGAACAUGGCAACCACAGGAAGAAGGAUUCAAAGAGAUCUGUGGAUUGUUGGAGCAACAAAUGUCUCCGACUUCAGAUAAGUCUCAGAUUUGGCAGCAACUUCAACACUACUCUCAGUUUCCUGAUUUCAAUAACUAUCUCGCUUUUAUCUUCGCUCGUGCUGAGGGGAGGUCAGUUGACAUUCGUCAAGCAGCUGGGUUGCUAUUGAAAAAUAACCUGAGAGAGGCAUUCCAAAACAUGCCGCCAGCUAACCAGCAAUACAUAAAAUCAGAGUUGCUACCUUCUCUAGGAGCAGCAGAUAGACACCUUAGGUCUACAGCGGGAACCAUCAUUAGUGUUCUUGUACAGAUAGACGGAAUUGCUGGAUGGCCGGAGUUGCUACAGGCACUUGUCAGUAGCUUGGAUAGUAGUGAUAUAAAUCAUGUGGAAGGAGCCAUGGAUGCUUUAUCAAAGAUAUGUGAAGAUGUCCCACAACUUCUUGAUUCUGAUAUUUCUGGAUUAUCUGAACGACCCAUUACUGUUUUCCUUCCAAGGUUUCUCCAGCUUUUCCAGUCACCUCAAGCUUCUCUCAGAAAGCUGUCAUUGAGUUCUGUGAAUCAAUAUAUAAUGCUGAUGCCUAAAGUUUUGCAUCUCUCCAUGGAUAAAUACCUUCAAGGUUUGUUUCUUCUUGCCAGUGACCCUGCUCCAGAAGUACGGAAGUUGGUUUGUGCGGCGUUUGUUCAACUGAUUGAAGUUCGUCCUGCCAUUUUGGAGCCACACUUGAGGAAUGUUUUAGAAUACAUAUUGCAAGUCAACAAGGAUCCAGAUGAAGAAGUGGCGCUCGAAGCUUGUGAAUUUUGGUCUGCAUACUGUGAUGCUCAGUUGCCACCUGAGAACUUGAGAGAAUUCUUACCGCGGUUGAUUCCGGUUUUGCUGUCUAACAUGGUUUAUGCUGAUGAUGACGAGUCGCUUCUGGAGGCCGAGGAGGAUGGAUCUCUGCCAGAUCGUGAUCAGGACAUCAAACCUCGAUUUCAUUCUUCACGUUUUCAUGGCUCCGAGGAUGGUGAAGACGAUGAUGAAGACAUCGUAAAUGUGUGGAAUUUGCGCAAGUGUAGUGCUGCUGCUCUGGACAUUCUCUCUAACGUGUUUGGUGAUGAUAUUCUACCCACGUUGAUGCCUGUUGUUCAGUCUAAAUUGUCAACUACAAAUGAUGAAGCCUGGAAGGAAAGGGAGGCAGCUGUGUUAGUUCUGGGUGCUAUCGCCGAGGGCUGCAUAAAUGGACUCUUUCCUCAUUUAUCGGAGAUCAUUAGCUUUCUCAUCCCACUUUUAGAUGACAAGUUUCCUCUAAUACGAAGUAUUUCCUGUUGGACGCUGUCCCGCUUCAGCAAAUAUAUUGUUCAGGGCACUGAUCAUCAAGAAGGCCGUGAACAGUUCAAUAAAAUUUUAAUGGGUCUUCUGCGGAGAGUAUUGGAUGAUAAUAAACGAGUGCAAGAAGCUGCUUGUUCAGCCUUUGCUACUCUUGAAGAGGAGGCUGCAGAAGAGCUAGCACCAUGCUUGGAAGUCAUUCUGCAACACUUGAUGUGUGCUUUCGGAAAAUACCAGAGACGGAACCUUAGAAUAGUGUAUGAUGCCAUUGGAACAUUGGCAGAUGCUGUUGGAGGGGAACUCAAUCAGCCCAAGUAUCUUGAGAUUUUAAUGCCCCCAUUAAUUGGAAAGUGGCAGCAGCUCCCAAAUUCAGACAAGGAUCUUUUCCCAUUGCUCGAGUGCUUUACCUCAAUAGCUCAGGCUUUGGGUGCUGGAUUUGCACAAUUUGCUCAACCGGUAUUUCAGAGGUGCAUUACCAUCAUCCAGUCACAGCAAUUGGCAAAGGUUGAUCCCGCUUCAGCUGGAUUACAAUAUGAUCGAGAAUUUAUUGUUUGUUCCUUGGACCUGCUGUCUGGACUUGCUGAAGGUCUUGGUGGUGGUGUCGAGAGUUUGGUUUCACAAAGUAAUUUAAGGGAUUUGUUGCUGCAAUGUUGCUUGGAUGAUGCACCUGAUGUGCGGCAGAGUGCUUUUGCAUUGCUUGGUGAUCUUGCAAGGGUUUGUCCUGUUCAUUUGCGACCUCGGUUGGUUGAAUUUCUUGAUGCUUCCACUAAGCAACUGAACACCUCCAAGCUGAAGGAAACCAUUUCUGUGGCUAACAAUGCCUGUUGGGCAAUUGGAGAAUUAGCAAUCAAGGUCCAAAAAGAGAUAUCCCCGGUAGUCCUGACUGUGGUCUCAUGCUUAGUACCAAUCCUUCAACAUGCUGAGGGUCUCAACAAGUCACUGAUAGAGAACAGCGCAAUCACCCUGGGAAGACUUGCAUGGGUUUGUCCUGAGCUUGUGUCGCCACAUAUGGAGCAUUUUCUGCAACCGUGGUGUUUUGCUCUGUCUAUGAUACGUGAUGAUAUUGAGAAGGAGGACGCAUUUCGUGGUUUAUGUGCAAUGGUUAAGGCAAAUCCAUCAGGUGCAUUAAAUUCACUUGUCUUUAUGUGCAGAGCCAUUGCCAGUUGGCAUGAAAUAAGAAGUGAAGAUCUACAGAGUGAAAUCUUCUUGGUUUUGCAAGGAUAUAAGCAAAUGCUGAAGGAUGGUGCUUGGGAACAGUUCAUGUCAGCUUUGGAGCCCUCAGUGAAGGAUCAGUUGUCGAAGUAUAAAGUUUGAUUAAUUAUUGGACAGUGAAAGUCGUCCAAGUUUCACUGCAUGUUGUCAUCUCAGCUGUAUGACACUUCAGAUCUAUGGGUCUAUGGAUCUAUUGGCUUUGUGUUGGUGUCAGUCUUAACAUUGUCAGAUUGUUAUUGUUGGCAUACAUGUUGAGCAAACAGAGUCUUGGGUUCUUUCUUCCAGACAACAUUCUCAUUGAAGAUUGAAGCUAUUUUUAUUCUUUGAAAGCUUCGCAUAAGCUGCUGGUUUUGGACACUACAGUUAGCUGGAAAAUUGGAGAAGCUGAGGUUGGCAAGUUUCGUGUACAGGUGUGCCAUGCAACAUUUAUAUUUUGAUUUUGUCGGUGUCUGUCCUGAAGGGGCGAUCCUAAAGUCUUAGAUUAUUGGGUGUGACGGUUUCAUAUUGGGUUUAAGGAGCAAUUUUUCCCGAUUUUAUUUUUCCAUUAUAAGGUCCCAUUGGUUGGUUUUAGGCUACGAUAUCAUAGCUAGAUGUUUAGAAUUUGUUCAUCACCUUUCAUCUGGAUGUUAGGAAGAGAUGGUCUGUUGGGAGGUUGAUUGAGGUAUGAAUGAUCUCGAUUCUGGCGAGAGAAAUAAUUGUUGUCUGUACUUUGUGGUUUAUUAGUAGAGGGGUUUAAUCUUGUGUAUCAUUUAAAAAGAAAGUAUUAUCGUUUU